AUGAACCAAGUGAAACAAAUCCAUGGUUACACACUGAGAAAUGGCAUAGACAACACCAAAAUCAUCAUUGAGAAGUUACUUGAAAUCCGAAACCUUAACUAUGCCCAUGUUGUGUUCCAACAUGCCCCCAAGCCAACCCUUUUCCUCUACAACAAGCUCAUUCAAGCCUACUCUUCCCAUGGCCAAAACCAACACCAAUGCUUCUCCCUUUACUCCCAAAUGCGUCUUCAUGGUUACCCACCAAAUCAACACACUUUCAACUUCCUCUUUUCUGCAUGCACUUCCCUUUCUACCCUUUCCCUUGGCCAAAUGCUCCAUGCCCAUUUCAUCAAAUCAGGCUUUGAACCUGAUGUCUUUGCUGCCACGGCUUUGCUUGAUAUGUAUGCUAAACUGGGUACCUUGGGUUUGGCACGCCAGCUAUUUGAUGAAAUGGCUGUCCGAGAGAUACCCACAUGGAAUGCUAUGAUGGCGGGGUAUGCAAGAUUUGGUGAUAUGGAGGGAGCAUUGGAAUUGUUUAGGUUGAUGCCUUCUAGGAAUGUGGUGUCUUGGACCGCCAUGAUAUCUGGUUACUCACAGAACAAACAGUAUGAGAAGGCUUUGGGGUUGUUCCUGAGGAUGGAGCAGGAGACAGAGAUAAUGCCUAAUGAAGUAACCUUGGCAAGCAUUUUGCCAGCUUGUGCAAAUCUUGGGGCGCUGGAGAUUGGGCAGAGGAUUGAAGCAUACGCAAGGAAACAUGGGUUCUUUAAGAAUUUGUAUGUGAGCAAUGCUAUAUUGGAGAUGUAUGCAAAAUGUGGUAAGAUUGAUGUUGCUUGGAGGGUGUUUGAUGAGAUUGGCAGCUCGAGAAACCUGUGCUCUUGGAAUUCAAUGAUCAUGGGUUUGGCUGUUCAUGGACAAUGUCGAAAGGCCCUUGAACUUUAUGAUCAAAUGCUGAAAGAAGGAAUUUCACCUGAUGAUGUGACAUUCGUGGGGCUCCUCUUGGCAUGCACUCAUGGAGGCAUGGUUGAAAAAGGCAGGCAUAUCUUCAAGUCAAUGGCAACGUGCUUCCACAUUAUUCCCAAACUAGAACACUAUGGCUGCAUGGUUGAUCUUCUAGGCCGUGCUGGGCAAUUAAGUGAAGCUUACGAGGUCAUACAAAGCAUGCCCAUGAAACCAGAUUCUGUAAUAUGGGGGGCUCUCUUGGGAGCUUGCAGCUUCCAUGGUAAUAUUGAGCUGGCUGAGAUAGCAGCAGAGUCACUAUUUGCACUUGAGCCUUGGAAUCCAGGAAACUAUGUCAUUCUUUCUAACAUUUAUGCAUCAGCUGGCCAAUGGGAUGGAGUUGCAAAGCUCCGGAAGGUGAUGAAGGGAAGCCAAAUUACAAAAGCAGCUGGACAUAGUUUCAUUGAAGAGGGAGGUCAACUGCAUAAGUUCAUUGUGGAGGAUAGGUCACAUCCACAAAGCUACGAAAUUUUUGCUUUGCUAGAUGGAGUUUAUGAAAUGAUAAAGCUUAAUAGAAGUGCAUUUGAAUGCCCUUUGGAUCUUGAUUUGAGUGACUAAUCGUAGGGAGUAUGAUUCAUGUUGGAUACGCCAAAUUGCAACCGUGAAAUUUUCCACCAACCCCAUUUUGGCCAAGCAAAUGAGUUGGGAUACUCAGUUUAUAAAACUCACUAGUGCAAACGGAAAAUUUUAGAAUAUCCUUUGUUGUGCACUUACAGCCUAUCAAAUGUCAUGAAAUAUAUUAUAUUGAAAAG